AUGUUUAUUCACCCUGACCCAAACCUCGCCCUUCCCGGAACCGGCAUUAUUUACUUCCAAAAGGACCCGGAGACACUUCCUGACACUCCGGUUUCUCCCACUCCUGUGCCGGCUCCUCCCCCUACUCCCAAUCUACCCUACGCCCAACUUGCCCAGUGGUUCUUUGAUAACCACCAUCGCCCUGCAGGCAUAAGGGGGAGCGAUCACUUGGGCGGCUCGGGAUUAUUUGCGCGGGAGCCGUCAUACGGCAUGUUGUUGGAAGACCAUCCGAUGGCUAACACUGGAAAGACUACCGUGGAGUCUCGAGAUCUAAACUCCCCCAUUUCGAGGGCUGAUGCUCCCGACUACUUUUCCAAUAACACAGCUCUUACUCCGGGAUUUAUCCCUCCACCUCACCAAGAGAAUCACUCCUCCAUUCUCCUCAACACAUUCUGGCCUAUGGACACAUCUCUCCCUCACCCGCCUCCUCUUCAAACCUUCCCCGGGGCACAGGCUUACCAUCCCUUCCAUAACACGCCUCUCUGCUCCCCUCUCCAGGACCCUAUGUACUUUGGCCUAGGCAUAGAUGGCUUAGAUUGCCCUCUGCCUCCACUCAACUCCGGAGCGAACGCAGUCUUCUCGCCUGGCCCAAACCACUUGCUCCCCGACGUACCCGUGCCUGACUUUCCUUUCCGCGGCGAACCCAUCCGCGCUCUUACCGCCGAGGAGGAAGCAGCAAUGAAGAGGGAGCAAGACGUGUAUACCCAAACCUCGCCCUUCCGCCAGGCAAGAUGGGGAGAGGGCCAGGGGCACGUAGGCACAAUCUCCCCAAAAGCGCUCAGACGCAUCCCGUCGCCGCUACUGUCGCCCAAGGUUGAAAGUUCUUCCUUCGCUGUCCAGCCGCACCAGGAGGUCGGGCUUCCAAGCAAUUUCUUAUUCAAGCAUGAGGAGCCAGUCCGUUCCGAGAAGUUGCGCAGGGUCCUGCCCAGCUCACCGGCGAGACCGCGGCCGGUUGCCAUUUCGCCCGCGACAAGCAUGAUGGAUCUCCCUGACGUACCUCAGUUGCCUUCGAAUGGCAUUUUGGCCGAAGGAAGUAAGAAGAAGCAUAAUCCCUCUACCAGCGAGACUCCCAUCAAAGACGACAAGGUCAAGGUAGAAAAGGGGGAAAGCUGUCCCAGAAAACUCCUCAGCAGAGCUGCCCAAUUCUCCCCUUCCACCUCUAGCAGACCCCUUCGUGGUACCUCGUCCAAGAAGGGCGCGAACGUUGCUAGCGGCCUCCCUCGUCCGUCCAGCCCGCUGCGUUCAGCCAGGGAUGAGUUUCUCGUGCGAUCCAAGCUCGAAGGCAUGACCUACCGGCAGAUUCGACUCAAGGGAGGCUUUACGGAAGCUGAGUCGACGUUGCGUGGUCGCUUUAGGACGUUGACGAAGAGCAAGGAGGCACGGGUGCGAAAGCCGGAGUGGACCGAAGCUGAUAUUAAGCUCCUCCGAAAGGCAGUAAGAGGAUUCAGCCAGGGAAAGGACAUUUCCAAGGUUAAAAUCCCAUGGAAGCUGGUGGCUGAGUAUAUCGUCAACCAUGGAGGGUCGUAUCACUUUGGGAAUGCUACUUGCCGGAAGAAGUGGGAUGAGAUUACCUUGUCUACCCGGGCCUAA